UGGGUCGACGAAGGCGGCUACAAUUUCAGGUUUACCUUGCGGAAGCUUUACAGAAGUGAUGGUUCCGUCGACGACAUCGCUAAAGGAUGCAAGGUUGCGGGGAAGAUGUUCGGCGGAUACGGCCGGGGUGCGAUGUCAUUGCCCUCCUUUGUUCCACUAGCGCCAGGACACGACGAAGCCGUUCACGUGACAGACUUCCUCGAGGUUUGGGCGAGUACAGUUCCCUCUGGCAGUGCCAUGGACGUUGGCCCUGGGACAUCGAUCAGUGGUCCUGUUGGGUUCGCGGGAGGAGAGUGCUUUGAAAGGAGGAUGGGAGGUCAGGAUGGACUACCGGCUUCGCCUUCUGAUCAAGAGGUGGGCAUGUCAGACGACUCGGAGGACGACCAUCCACGUGCUCCUUUGAAACCAGGCUUGCAUGGAUCUCGCCGCCAAGGUUUUCUUGGGGAGUCGACGCCACGUGGAGGCGGCAUUGGAGAACGGUUGCAACAAGCCUCAAGGAUCGACGACUCCUCGUCGUCUGGUCGAAAGGAUCGCUCGCAGGUUCGAGAGGUGCGUGGGUCAGAUGAGACGACUCGCUCGGCCCGCCGUGCGCCUGCACAACUGCAGACGGAGGCGAGCCCACAACGAGAAGCAGGUGGGAACGUCGCCGGUGAGGACGAGGGGUUCGAGCUUGGGCUGUUUCGUGAGAAAUCGCUUGAAAUGACUCAGUCGGGAGGCAAGCGCAACUUGUUGGGUGAGGAAGAGCGAGAGGGAGUAGGUGCUAUGAAAAGGCAGAGAAAGGAAGGAGGGAGUGCUCGGACGCCAACGACACGAGAGGGCGGUUCCGUUGAGAAGAGGAAAAGGGUUGGAGGUGGGGAUGAAACGCCCAAAGAGUCAUCGGCACGACGAAGAAGCGGUGAGUCUUUCGAGAAAAGGUCGAAAUCGUCGAGGGAGAAGAAAGAAGAUGAAGGCGAGAGCGGGGAGGGAGAUGACGACGUGGAGAUUAACCUCAACGCCUUUAACCUCGACAAUGCGUUCUUCAUCGAGAUGAAGACAGGGGUGCAGAGGGACGUCGUGUUACACAUCCAUCCCGAAAGAAUAUUGCCUAUUCCAGACUGGGAAGACGCGUACAACCACCGAUCCUUGGACGAGUUCCUCGUUGAUACCAUAGCGUCGGCUAUGAUCGACUGCUACGAACGUAAAGACAUGAGAUACACGAAGCCGAUUUUCGUUCUCGCUCCGGUCGUCGCCCCUCUGGAGAAGGAUAAGCCAGUUGUGCGUGUGCUGCCUGGUGACUUCGAUGACUCACACCCCGAAAAAUAUUGGUAUUAUCCUGUGUGUGGACAGCAUAAUGCAAGGGUGGCGAUGAAGGUCAAAGAACAUCCCGUGUUUAACUACUACAACUUUUGUAAAUGGCCGUUUAGACCGAUUUACUUCCCUGACGACGAGUUCGACGGCUACGCCCAUGUCAGUUGCGAAGACAACAUGAAAGACAAGAAGAAUCCACCGCGCUUGCAGGUUUUGUCUAUGCGGGACAUUCGCAAUAUCUGGAAAAUAAAGGGGAAACCGCGUGUGGUGCUCCGCAACGCGUCGAAGAAAAAGGAGGAGGUGCGUAAGUGGGUACAGUUCAUUGCGUUGGCAAUGAAGAAGACACCGUACACGCCUUUGUGGAACUUGUCAACGGAAGGAAAGAAAAAAAAGAAAUGGGCUGAGAAACUUCAAUACUACCUCCCUCUGGCCAUGGCAGAUGACUCCAUCUUCGCUUGGGGGGAGAAGUUCUAUGACGAAUGGUCGAGAGGGAAACUCCUUGCUUCCAACGGCCGACGUUGGACUGAAAAGCCGCCCACCCAUGACGAGGUGGCUAAGCCAGGACUCUCCACUGUGACUGACAGCCAGGGGCUGAAGAAACACGUCUGGUACGUGAAGGUGGACGACCCGUCGUUGAAAAAGGACAAGGGGAAGGCAAAGAAAGGCGCGGAGGAGAAAACUUACUACGUCCAAGUUCCUGAGCCGGAUGUCCACUGCGGGAAGGAAUUGGUGGACUUGACGGACCGCGAGAAGAAAAGGUUGUUGAACGGCGUCUUGAACCUUAACGUCGUGUCCAGGCGGCAAUUGUUGGAAGAGUUCAAGGACAAAGGUCUCGACGACAAGCUUUGGAACGAGAGCAGGAAUUUUUUCACGGACACCGCGUACGUCAACAAGUGCCCUCUGUUUCUCGGGUGUCAACACGACAACAACAUCAAGAAAACGGUGGCCCUCGUUAACAACCAGCAUUUCCCGGCGGAGUGGAAACGUGUCAUCCUUUCGGUGAUCACUGGAGAAUGCGCCCAAAGCAAAAGAGGCCCUCGAGGCAUUGAUGAAUGCAUCAACAUUUUGUGGACGAAGACAAGCGCGUUGACGACGCUGGCCCAGUUUACCGUCGACCCAUUGCGUGCCAUAGAUCAUAAGGAGGCGUUGGGAAAACUAGGGCAUCAGCUGCGCUCCCACACUUGCGUGCUCGACUUGUGCGGAAAUGUGGACCGGGCGCGCUGGGACUCUGGGACAUUCGCGUCUCUAAGUGAGUUCCUGGGCUUCGUUUGUCAGGACUACUGGACAUUGGUGGUAUUCGUUCCCUGCCUGUGGAACCUCUCCUUCAUGACAUCUUUGUCUGCGCAUGGGGCUACCCGAUGCUACACGGGGAAGUGGGUGCGGAAGACGGCAUCCAAGAAGACGCAUCAGUUCGGAAACAGCGUCUGGGAGGAGCUGGAUGUAAUGCACAUCAUUUUCAAAGGGGACGACCAGGGCGGCAGGCAACGCGGAACCGGAGGGGGGAGUGAACAACGCUCGACGAGACAACGGUCUCCGGGGCAUGAGGGCGGCGGAGAGGGGGGAAAGGGCAGCCGAGAGAAGAAAAAGCCUCGCAGCGGAGAGAAGACAAAGCAUCACAGAGGAGAUGGGCAUGUGUCCGAUUUCGACCGCGACGAGGACAGUGGGGUUCUGGCGGUAACAGGCAGCACCUCAAUGAAGACGGGGAACGACUUCAGGCCUGGGUGGAUUACGCGGCCUGGCGAGCAGGACCCUGUGAUUAGCUCCACCAGCGCAACACAAUUUAUCGAUGUGGUUGACGGGGCAGUUGUUGCAAAGGAUGAAACUUGCUUUGCUCAACUUCAAAAACGAUUGGCGGAUUGUCUCGGAUCAAUCCGAACCACGGAGACGACGACGUUGUCCGGAACUCAUUGCCUUGAGGGAAGCGAGACGACCACAUACCACGGGUCUGACAGUCACAAGCUGGAACCGUGUUCCGUUUUGCCUCAAAAGGAAGUUCGGAUUAAUCCGAACCCGGAAGCCAAUACCGUCGAGAGAGUACAGCGGUCUAUGGAACUCGAACGGGUGGUCCUGGUUUCCGAAAACCCUGGCGGCGAAAUUCGGAUUCAUCCGAACCAGGAGGAUGUGUCUGCCAUGACAGACGAUCGGUGUAAGGACGCCGUAAUGUUGCGCAUAGAAGUCUGCAAGGAGCUAGAGGCACACUGUCCGGCUGAGGGUGAGUUAGCGACCAGUUUCAAUGUCGAGUCCCGCACCCUCGGAGACGAAUGCCUGGUGGCGGUGCGCGCUUUGUUACCAGUCUUAAGCGACUCUCCGGUGAAAACGGACACGUCGGCGCCAUUGGAAACUGCGGGGGCUCAAAUGAAUCCGAACCAGGGCCCUGUGAGCAUGUCCCUCCAUGAUGCAGCUUUGGAGACGACCUUAAUUCGGAUGCAUCCGAGACACACGGAUGUAGGACUUGAACUGGCGGGCGUUGAGGGUUGUGGACAUGUAACAACUUUAGACAAGGCGGACGGGUCCUCGCCGACACAUUCCGCCGACGACCAGAUUGAGCCGACACUUAGCGGCGUGAGGUUUCCCCGCGUUACUUCAGGACAUGAUAUGCGGGUCGUCGGGUUGGAGCAACGAGGUGAGGCAGUAUACGACGACCCCUUGUACUCCGGCCUUCACGACGAGGCGAUGGGAGAGGCCAUUCUAAAGAAGGCCUCUUGCGCUGUUGGAGAUAGCUUUUUCUAUUUGAGUGACGACGACAAAAACACAGCGCACGAGGACAAGAAGUUAAGGGGGGGACAGGUGUUGUUGGACAUCCAUGGAACCUUGAGCCCAACACAAUACGACACAUUGGCGACAGAGAAAACACAACCUGUCGAUGUUGUGGACGUCGACGCUCUUUGUCCGGAGACGGACAGAAUAAAAUUGACCGUCGCGGACGUGGAGGAUUUCCGCCAUCGGGAUGGGGAUGAAUUCAUGCCGUCUUCGGUCAUCGACGCCGACAUCUCAAACCUGUCAAGUUUCCCUGGGGGUUUGGAGCACGCUGUCGCCGCGUCGAUGCGCACAGGGGCACCAAUCGUGUUGGGACUGCCAUCGGUGGGCUCUGGUGACGUGGAAGCUAAGCCUGGGUUUCCCCGAGAUGGAAGAGCAGUCCUUGAAGACGUUAUCUGCUCCCGGUUGCCGCUCACUAUCAUCGUUGCACGUUUGCCGUCGCACAAUUUGCAGGUAUCCGUCAAGGACAUCGUCGCACUCGUGGAUGGAUCCGGGGAGCUCAACGAUGAGGUUGUCAAUUUCUACAUGGCGAUGCUACUGGAUGACUGCGGCCGGACUGCUGCUACCAUGAAGACGUACACCUUUAACUCUUUCUUCGCCUCUACACUGCUUCUGCGAGGUCCGGCAGCUGUUAGCAGAUGGGCUAAAGAUGUCGACCUCCUGUCUCAUGACCUCAUCUUGUCACCAGUGCACAAGGACGGCGAACACUGGAGCUUUUUGGUCAUUGACUUCUCUAGACGUGUUUUGGAAAUCUAUGAUUCUUUCUCGUGUUUGUGCUGCGUGCUUCGUGCUUCGGGCUUGGAGCCACGUGCUACGUGUGCAAGUGCUACUAGCUACGUGGGUCCAAGGGAUGGAUCGUCAUGGUGAUGGUUUGUCGUUUUCCUCCUAUCAUUGGUGCCGGUGAGAAGAAAAACUCGAGCAAAAGUCACAAGU